UUCCGAGGCCUUGACGGGAGCAUAACAAGGCAAGAUUGAUGCAACUAAUGGCGGAUAGAACAUCCCACCGCUUUGUCUGGUUUUUAGGUUUGGUUUUGAUCAUUGCGAGGGGUUUACAAAUCAAAGCAAAAGAUAUCUCAAUACAUCAACACACGUGCGAUAGCGAUGAAAACGAAGAGGGCUUCUGUGACACGAUAGAUGAAAUUAAAUACGUUCAGAACGACGAAAUUGUGGACUUAAAGGAAGAAAUACCAAGAAUACAAAAGACAGAACAAGUUGAAAGUCUUUCACAAGAUUUGAAAGAGGGACAACAAAGUAACGAGGUUCAUAACAAUUUAUCAGAAAGCAAUGAUAAACAAGUUUUAUCUAACAGCAACACAACUACGGAAUGGAUUGGACUUCAGGUUCCAGUUGUCGAUGGAAUUAAGGUUGGUCAUAUUCAAGAGAUUGAAAUUCUACCUGGCAUCAAACGUCACAUAAAAACCCUGAGCAUGCGUCCUCUUGUAUUUGAGAUUCCCGAUUUUCUUGACGAGGACGAAUGUGAACUCAUCAUAGCUAUGGCUGAAAACAAAAAACUCAGUGAUAAUCCUAAGAAAACAGAUAACCGAGGUGUUUACUAUGAAGACCCUCUGAACACUUUCAAACAGUGGGACUUGAAUGGUGAUGAAUACAUUGACGCAGAGGAGGCUUCAAGCAGUUACCAAAAUACCAAAGGAAAUUAUUCAGGAGAGUGAACCCAUGCAGGUGAUGCAGUUUGAAGAAAACAACUAUCAAUAUUGCCAACAAGAUAGUGAGCCUAAAUUUGAGGGUGUUCCCUGCUGUCUGUACGGAGACAUGAAAGAAUGCAGAAUAUGCAGGUACAUAACACUAGCUUAUUUCCUCAACGAUGUCGAUGAAGGAGGGGAAUUGGUGAUGCCACUUGCAAAUAGCGAAUUUGAGGAUGACAUCAUGAACAACUCUGGUACCUGGACAGGGUUUUUCACUUACGACAAGACAACCGGAAGUCGAAGUACCUUUGAAGUGGAUGUACAAUUUAAAAUGGAUGGUGCUAAUAAAGUUAUUUAUGGCAAAGGAAGUGACGACAGCGGGGAAUUCGAACUGAUUGACAGUCUGUUGACAGGAAACAUAAUAAGAUUCCGCAAGAAGUAUUUGAAUCAAGGAAACAAAGAUUUUUCCAUUAAAUACGCUGGACAAUUAAAGGGAAAUACACAAAUAGAUGGAAAGUGGUGGGUUCCUGGCGGGGAGAAGAUGCGUGGAAAAUUUUUCAUGCGUCACAAACGAUACGAGAAAUGGAUGAACAAUGCUAUUGGAAAAUGCAACUCACACGAGUACUGUGCUAAAGGCAAACUGGUCAUCAAACCGAAACGAGGCAAGGCUGUCAUGUGGUACAACCAUGUGCCUAAUGAUGAUGGUACAUGGAUCGGGGGACUGGAUAACAGGAUGUACUACGGUCACUGUGACGUCACUAAAGGCGAGAAAUGGAUGGCCACUAAUUGGAUCAACAUAGAUGGUGACGGGGAGAUGGAGUUGAGGGCCUGGAAACGAGGUAUAAACCUCAUAUUUGACGCUAGGAAGCACUUGAACCAGAACAUUCUUCAAAGAAUGCGAAGAGCUGAAGACAAUAAAGCACCAGAUGAGAUUGAAGAAGAACUUAACAAUGAUAUGGAGAACACCCAGGAAUGGACGUUUGAAUCUCGUCCGAAAGAAAGACACGUUCUUAAUGCUGUUGUAUCACUGUUAGAAUCUCUUAGCGAAGAAGAAAUGGUAGCUGUUUCGAAGAAAGUACAUGAGAAACUUCAGAUGCUAUGUGUACCUUUAGUUCUAAACCAAGGCGGUAAAAUUUCUUUAGUGGAUGGAAGUAAGGCUGAGUGAAAGAGAAAACAUUCUCGCCUCUAGAAUGCAAUUAUAGGUAAAAUAAUUUUCGAACUUUUUUAUUGUGGAUAAAAAGUCAUUAUUUAAGAGUUGAACAUUUUAAGGAAAGUUUAUUAGAGGUACUAAGGGAUCAGUAAUUUUUCACAUGGUUUUCAGGGCGGAGGGGUAUCAGUCGUUGCCAACAGGGUAUAAACUGACCGCCAAUUAACUGGUAAUGAGUGGCGGGAAUCAUAAGAGUAUUAUUUGCCUUAUGUUGGGAUUUCAUUGCGACACAACCAAAAUCCUCCAAGCCUCUCACCCCCGGCAAUAACCAUGAUGACCGGUCCCUAGAGCUAUAUUGUUUAUAUUUCUGUACAGAGAAGCUAUAACGUUGACGUUUCGUGUAUAAAACCUUAAUGUGUGUUGUUUUCCCAUGACGGUCAUUAAAUAUUCCUUUCCUGAAGUACAUAGACAUCAUGUUGUACAAAGGGUUAUUGGCACAUUUGUUGAGAAAACCGUUUUGCGUGAGGAUUCUCGCAGUAAUUGAAUGUAGAACGGUUCGUCAAUUAGUAAAAUGCUGAUGCGCAAGCA